AUGUCGUCACCAGUAAUGGAAAUAGUCCGAGAAACAAAGGAGGUACGAAAGAAUUAAAUACAGCAAAUGAGCGAGCUUAAUUCCUUCCCACCUGCUUCACGUUGAGUAACAAUCACUAGGUAUUAGACGAGGGUCUCAAUAGGGGUGGUGCCUUUGACGGCUCACUGUUCAUUUUUUCCAUUUUGACGGUUGACGGUUAAAUUUUAGAGCUUUUGACGGUUGACGGUUAUUAUGUGGAAAUCUAGUCCAAGAGUUUAAAUAAAUAGUUCUGUAUAAAUCAAUGUUACUUGUUUUGUUUUAUUAAAGGUUGUCUUUGGCCUUUCACCCAAAAAAUGUCGAAGUAUUUUCAGAUAUAACCAAGUUGUAAUCUAUGGAGAGAGUGUUUUUGAGAACAUGGAAAGUAGCUUUUCUAGUUUAAAAAUUCUUCAGAUCAGCUGAAAUAUUGAGAUUUGAAAUACCUUGAAACCUUUUACGGUAAGCCGUUAAUAUUUAUCUGCAAUUUUGACAGUCGACAUCAAAAGCGGCGGGAAAGAAAAUUUAGAAAUAAGAAAACAGGCACCUGGGAAAUGAAUCCAUGCUUCAAUAAUUAUUGUAUUUUGUAUUUAGAUACGUUUUCUUUCUCUUCUUAACAGAUGGAACUUACCUCGGCGGAGAGCACGCAAUGUAAAGUCAUAAUGGCGAAUGUUCGACAAUACGCAGGAGGAGCUUAUUUAAAAGCUGUUACAAAGAAGGGUCAUGAAAGGGAGGCAAAGAUAACUGUGGAAUUUACCGGAAACGCUUUUGAACAAACAACAGGUAUUUUGAAAAAACAAGUUAAACAGAUAAUAGGGAGUUUAAGCAGCGACAUUUUUUAGCUACGCGCAUCAACCGGAAGUUAGCCUUUUUCUCUUUUAAUAUUCUUUGACACUACCAAAUUUGUAUUGCUAAGUUUCUUUACUCUUAUAGAGUCGAUUUGCUCAAAUAUUUUUUCAAAAUCACGGAUCAAGAGUGCAAAAAUCCUACUUCCGGUUGACGUGCGUCGCUCAAAAACGUCGCUACUUAAACUCUCCUUUUUCAGUUUAGAUGCCUUGAACUCCUAGCUAGUGUGCCAUUCCACAUCCGCAUAAAUGAAGUGGUAAACGUAGGUACGGCAAUUUUAUCAGAACCAAAAUUUCUUGCACGCGUAGAUAACCAAAUUUUCUUACCCAUGGUGCUCCGCUGCGCGAGCUUUGCGCGCGAGAGAGCUACUACAAUAUCUUAUAAUAAGAAUUGGCUCCUUUUUCCCCUGGCUUUAGGCGGGAUUUGGUAUCCAUUCUGCAUGGGAAAAUUUGAUCCAGUUCUGGGCAAUUCAGCAAAGAGUACUGGGAGGUGCUAUCGACCACUACGCUCUCGAUGUUUUUGUAUCAGAAAUCAAUUGAGUGAGUGAGUGAGAUUUCUGGCGUGCGCAAGUACCGUUCGCGCGAACUUUCCAUGACUGAAGUAUAAUUCUAUAUUUAUGUAUCAGAUAUAAUUAACAGCUGGUGACCAAAACAUAAACUGUUGUAUACCCAUGUAUUUCAGAAUUCUAUAUUGGGCAGCAUGACAUGCCAGGAUACAACACCUUCUCGUGCUAUAUAAAGGGCCAACAAUACUUCCUGUGUGCAGAGAAUAACGAAGUGUUUCUAAUGGUAAGUAACAAUACGAGUUAAGUAAAAUGGCUUUGUAAUGCAAAGUUAACUGACUUCCAAGGUGGAAGUUAAAUUUAGUUCAUCUAAUGCAGACCGCAACAGGUUUUGCGGCGAAUUAUCAAGGAACUUUUCUGUAAACCUUGCAUUUUUUAAAGUUUACAAGUGGAAAAAGUUCCCCUACAAAAAUGGAAAAUUUUUCUUUUUACCCAGUUCUCUAGGGUUGCUAAAUGGAAUUUGAAAGAGCGGAGUUGAAUUGGCCCCUCUGCUACUUUGCCCUUCAUAUACUACAGAUCGUGACGGAUAACUAUCGAACGAGACGAUCUAUCUAACUAUUUUCAGCGCAAGAAAAACACAAUCUCAAGAGUUUACACGACCUAACGCCAGUGACUCACAAGGUCUUUCCAGUUUACAUCGAUAUAGUAAAUUGACAAAAUCUUUUUUAAUGUAGAGUUCCUCUGAAAGCCAGCCCACUGAUGCCAGGUUUUUGUUUCACGUGGAAAAAGCCAGUAAUGUUUUCUGCAACAUAAAGUCGGCUGUAAAUCCAGAAAUGUUUCUGGUCAGUGAUGAGUCAGGCAAGGCAGCCAUGAGGCGGGAAAAGGGCCGUACAACCUAUGACAGACAAGCCUGGUUUCGAUUUUUAACAGAGGUUGACAUGGUAACGACUCCAAUCGGUGCAGAAACCAUCUUUGAAACCAGAACUUUUGAAAUCCAGGAAGCUGUUUCUUGUAAUUAA